CGAACCCCAAGACCUCGAACAUGGUUUGCACGCCGCCAGGCCGAAUUAUCGGAUCGCCGAAUCGUCGAAUUGCCGGCCGUUGAACAACGACACACGUAUUUCCUUCACCAUGAACGCUGCCCCAUUGGCAAGACGGCCUUUGGGCUGCCUCAAGGCAAGCCUACGCCGAACGAGGCAGCAAAAGUCCAUGUUUACCCGGCACAUGGCUUCCGAAGCAGUCCAGACGACGACGACAAGGACACCACAACCACCACCACAACACGGCUUCUUCCGCCUCGACGACCGCAAGACAAAAACGCUCCGCAGCGCCUUCGCCGUCUACCCGGCCACGACGGUGGCGGGCAGCAACACGCUGGCCCCCCCGCCGGUCAACGCGCUGCAGUCGCUGCACGAGGCGCAGAUCAAGCGGAUGGACCCGACGGGGGCGCGGACGGCGCUGUUCGCCAAGACGCGCGAGGCGGCCAAGGUGGGCGACGUGCUGAUGGUGACGCACCGGCGGGGCGGCGAGCCCUUCGCGGGCGUGUGCCUGUCGAUCCGCCGCCGCGGCAUCGACACGGCCAUCCUGCUGCGCAACCACCUGGCCAAGGUCGGCGUCGAGAUGUGGUUCAAGAUCUACAACAAGAACGUCGCGGGCAUCGAGGUUGUUAAGAGGCAGCGCAAGCGCGCCCGCCGCGCCCGCCUCACCUACAUGCGCAAGCCCAAGCACGACUUUGGCAGUGUCGAGGAUCUGGUGUUUGCCUGGAAGCGCUCGAGGAAGGUCUUCUCCACCGGCAAGCCUGCGGCCGGUGCGGCGAAGGCGAAGGCGAAGGGCAAGGGCGCGGCUGCGAAGAAGAAGUAGGUGCUCCGCGGUGGGUUGGGGAUUGUUGGCGGCGGAAGGGUCCGCGCUGUGGACGGAUGUGUAUACCAUGUAUAGAACUAUUUACCUGGGAUGGGAUCAAAACCACCGCCUUGCUAAUGUGUGAUCAUGUGUGAUGUAUAGCGAGGUUUAGCUAUCAUAGUCUGAUAAGGAAGGUGGUAAAGGCAACGCAUCCACCAUCUGCGAUCGAUAAUCGAGCAGUGGUAGGUUUCACCUGGUCGUGUUUACAACCAAGCCAGGGGCAGAUAUUCAUCAACAUUAGAAACGCUUAUCACAGGGCAAAC